AUGCCGGCGUCACAUGAUUAUUGUUUGUAAGUUUUAUUGGCCGACAAUGCGGGAUAAAUCGGCAUUGUUUGAUUUUGGACAAGGUUUAGUGUUACGAUUUAUUACCCUUAAUUUCCGCGAGUCAAGUGGCAAAUUGCGCGUGUUAAUCUACCAUGGUUCCGAAGCUCCCUUGUGUGGAACUGCAGGGUGCGCGAAAAAUUUUUCCUGCACAAAACAAAGCAUUCUAAAGGCUAAAGCCUUCAACAAAUUAGCCUGAAGGGCUGAUUUUGGUUGGGGCGCAAUUUUUCUUUGUAUUUUGAAACUCGUUUUGCAUCCCACUUGAACUGAAAAAUUCCACCCUGCGUGCAAAAUUGCGGUCAGUGUGGAAACAACCUUCAUUUGUUAUUAGGAUGAGAAUAAAGCAAGGUUCUAGCAAAAGCUACCGCGAGGGUUCUCGCGACCGUUCCUCGCGCGAUCGGUCCCGAAGACUUGCAACAUGUGUCCAAGUCUCACUCAAUGAAUUGCAAGAGUGAAUAGCAAGAACUAAAAAUAGUUUUAUAGUUGUCAUGAGAAAAUUACGAAUUACAUGGUCGACUUCGUAACCUCUUUACGGCUUACCUUCAAGACAUCAAUUGUCCGUCUCUCAGUUUCUGUCCGUCUCAUGAAAAUUUGAUCCAGUUCAAAUUAACGGUAAAACGCAAAUGAAAGUUGGAACUCUCAUUCACUCUCGUGUGUUUUCAUCAUCGCAGCCAAAGAUUUGACGUGGGAUAGGAAACGAAUUUUUAUAUCAAUAGCAAUUUUUAAGACGGGUAGAAUUUUAUCAUUCAUGCCUUUUUACUUAUUUUUUAUCUCACGCCCUCUCGUGACGUUCAAGCCUAGUUUGUUCCGCUCAAUGUUCGUGCCUCGCUGUUUGUUUUUGUCAUUUGUUUCUGCUGUAUAUUGGUUAUGGUAAUUACAAUUAUUACAUGGACUGAGAAGAGAGCGAUAUUUAACCUGGAAUGCAGUGUAAAAGGAACAGGGUGAGCGUGGUCUAAUAUUUACGGUUAUUGUAAUUUUUUAACACCAUUGGGCCUGGCUAGAAAUGAUGGUAGCGUGCUUGUGUUGUUUGCUGGCAGACUACCGGCCUACAACUUUACACGCGACGUGUGAAAAUCGCGUGGAAAUUGCGUGGGAGGAUCCGGAGUUGAAGAAUGGAGUGGUCUAAAACCCCGUGUUCCAGACUCCGGUACUUACAACGUACACCGCUUAGCUGGAAUUUAUUCCGGAAAGCUUGUGUAUAUGGUGACACGGACGACGCUUGGGACAUUGUCUUGUAAUAUUAUAAACUAAAAUGUCCUCUCUUCUGUACGAUCAGAACUGAUAAUGGCCUUGUAUUGGUGCUGUUUAUAUAAUAAAUACGAGCCGACGUAGAGAAGUAAGAUGAUCAUGGAGAAGAACGAACGAAUUAUUGCAAUAACUCGCAUCCUUCCUGGCCUCGAAGCGUUCCUACGCGAGGUAUUGGCCAACGAAAAUUUGAGCCCUGAAGCGGAAAAGCAACGUUUGGGUUUUGUUAAAGAACUCGAACAGCUUACAAAGCCGCCUAAUCUUCCUCCUCGUCCGACGAAUCUGAAAACGCAAAGUCGUGCCUCUGUUGACUCAAUAGAUAGCGUCGAAAAUGACAAUGAUUUUGCAUCUGUGCAGAGAAAGCUAUCCAAUAUAUUUUAUCUGAGGCGCGAUUUUGACGAAUUAAACGAGCACUUUGCGAAUGGGUUCGCUGCCGAUGAAACAAACAAGGGUACAACUAGAAAGGUUCCAGCAAAAGUCGGGAAGAAAACAAAAACAGGAAAAGGAAUUUAUGAGCCGCUCCCUGGGACGGGUCAUGAUGCUGAGCCUGACCUGGAACCUGGAGUGAUCAGUGAGGAAGAGGCAUCCAGGAUUCAUAACCGGUCCCUUGCACGGGGAACUCAGAUCAGGCAAUCAUUGAGUAGAGGAAAAUGGUUUGCAAAGAAAGAGAAGUCAACUUUACAGGAGGUUUUUGCCUGCGACCUCCAACUACCAACAAUCUCAGGGCAUCUUAUGGAAGUUAGGACAAACAAGCGUAGAUGGUGUGUCUUGAAAGAUCAACAUUUGUACAUAUUUAAAACCGUGGAGGAACCAGCUUUGUUUCAAAUUGCAUUACCAGGCUGUGAUAUAUCAACUGUACCCAAGAGUGAUAAGACAAAGGUCAGUUACUCGUUUAAAAUCACACAAAAUGGCGUGGCAGCUGUUAUACUUGGUAUUGAAGAGGAAAAGGAUUUAUCUGCUUGGAUGAAUGCUCUCAUCACAGCUUCAGUGUCUAAAAAUUCUGUCAGCCCUCCAGGUAAAACGUUCAAAUCCCUUCCACGCGCCACACCCGCUGAAUCGUGGACAGAAGAAGCGAUGCCGGAAGACGCUUCUCAAACUCGGAGGCACACCGUGGGAUCAAAGGUUGCAAAAGAGUCAUACAUUGAAGUUGAUAUUGCUACUUAUGAAAAACCGGCUGACCUUUUGGGUCUGGGAGUAUCCCUGGACACUACGAAAUACAAUCCGCCCCUCCCUCCCCUUCCUGGGGAAAUUACCAACAUGCUUGGGCAAAAUGGCGACAGCGCGCACACUCGGCCAUUGUCGAAGUAUUCCGGAAUUUACGAAGAAGUCGGCGAAGAGUUUAUCCUAAAGCAUUCAAUGGAAUCCCACGAAGACCUUUCCGGUGAAGGUACUAUAGAUGAAAACCAUGGAAGCACAGAAGAUGUCAAUAAUGACGACACAAAUGCUGUUACGAAUCAUGACGAUGUCAUGACGAAUGGUCGUCGUGGGUAUUCCGAGGUUGCUACGAGUGAUAGUGAGUAUUCAUCUGAUGACGAUGAGCUCAAAGACGAGAAUGGGAACAAAAGGUUGUUUCACGACCGCUGGGCAGUUCACAGUGGAGUAUUGUAUCAGAAGAGACAGACAGGCUGGAAUCGGAGAUAUUGCAAGAUUGUGGAUGACUGUUUGCGAGGAUUUAGAAAUCCCAAUGACCUUGAUCCAGUGUUGGAACUUAACCUUAGCGCAUGUAAUGUCCGCGCCGCCGAGGCCGAAGGCAAGAGAAGGUUUAUCUUCCAACUAAACACAGCAGAAAGUGAAUCUCUCUACUUCAAUACGGAUUCACAGGACUCGCUGGAACGCUGGAUUGAGGUGAUUUCAGUGGCUGCGACCUCGAGACGGGAUCUUUCUGUCGCCAUUUCGGAAGAUGAGCUAGACGUGGGGGUUGGGGAAGAAACCAACGAAGAGACUGCUGACGAACGUAAUGGAUCACGUGAGAGCAUACCUUCACCAGUCCCUGAGAGAAGAGAGUCUUUGAGAAAACGGGAUGCUGCCAAUAACAACGAGGAAAACGUAGACCAAAAACGGGAAUCAUUGUCAAAUAAGCAAUAUGACAAACCGGAGAAAUUAAUUGCAGACACUGGAUCCAAGCCAUCUGUGUUUCCAACUAAGCCCAAGGCAAAAGAUGACCAGGAAAUUUGGCGACGACGCGACCCACAUCCUUCGUACGCAACGACCCCCCGGGCAAAACCUGGUUUGAAAAUCACGAAAUCAACCUCUGUCGAGGAAUCCUACUCAAACGACAGUUUGAGUAUUUCCGAGAAUCCCUUGAACUCCCCUCAAAAAGCCUUGCAACUUUCUACAAAACGCAAGUGCUCGGAAAGGUUGAAGAAAUAUCUGGAUCAGGACGGGCAGUUUAGCGGGUUCAUUUUGGAGCUACGUGUCAAAAAGAACAGCACCACUUUAACCAGACGCUGGGCCGUCGUCCAGAAUGGCUUUCUAAGAAUUUACGAGAACUACGGCUGUGCUGCGCCUUUUCUGAGAAUAUCCUUGGUGGAGGCUUUCCUAAAAGACUUCAGCAAUAUUGCAAAGUCGAGGUUUUGUUUCAUGUUAGAGUAUGGCGCAGGGCAGUCGAUUUUGUUUCAAACGAACACGCAUCAGGAGCUCAAAAGGUGGAUUAAUGUGAUCACACUGACCAUAGCUUGUCAUACGGAUCUUUUUGGUUCUGGAUUGGAUCUAACACAACGGGAAAGGAUAGCAGACGAGUUUUCGGAUGGGCUAAGUAGUCCUGCAAAAUCUAAACAAACGAAAUUUGAUGACGAAGUCGAUGGACCCGUUAUGGCACCACCAAGUGCCGUAUGCGAGUGUGACCAUGACGACGAGGAGAUGACGUGUACACCAACAGUGGUCCGCGAAGUAAUUCACCACAAGUCGUACAGUAUGAGCAGUAAUGGUCAUGAUAGCGAUGACGUCAUUGCGAGAAAGGAAAACGAGUCGUUCACGUACCGAACUUCUCUCGUCCAUAAAGUAAAGCAUCGUGGCUCUUUGCGUGUACUCCAAAAGGAAUCUCGCGAGGGAGACGCGCAAGAGUCACGCGUGGAUUCAGGUUUGAAGUUUUGUGAACUCAAGGGAAGCUUGUUCAGUAUCUAUGAGAAUGAAAAAUCAGAAAAACCCUCUCUGGUUUUCAACCUUCUUUACGAUAGAUACCGACAGGUUGCGAAUGAGACACUCGCUUUUACGUUGACUUCCGACCACGUAGGCACUGUAGAGUUCACGUGCGAGUCUGAGGAAAAUUUCAAGGCCUGGAAACAAGUCAUAAACAACACGGCGUUGCAGGAUUGCAAUUCUGAUCUUACGCCAAAUACUGGUCGCUGUGGAAAAUGCUCGAGUGAUUCGCCUAUCGUACGGAAACGUGCGUCGUUACGAGCGAGCUUUGCUGAAGAGGAGGCGAAGCAUCACGAGGUUUUACGAAGUUUAUCCGACAGUUUUACGCAUUGCGAUCGAAGUCCGUAUAGUUGCUACGUUUACGAAGUACGAGACUCGUCUGGGAAUAAAACGAUCAUUCGACGAUGGUGUACGGUUGGUUCCGAUGUGAUACGAAUCUUUGAACGAGAGACUUCGCGAGAGGCCGUGGUCGAACUACACCCGAGCGCUUACCGAUUAAAGGAUAUCGACAAUCCCCGUGGUUUCCCGUUCGCAUUCAAACUUCAACGCCUACAACCCCAAGAGGGCGAAGAUGGAUUUCUAGUAAUUCAAGCUUCGAAUGCUAAAGAUUUCCGUGAAUUGUUGUUGCGUAUUAAGAGCAUUCAAUCCAAUAGCAAGAAAUUAAUUUCUUCAAAGAGUGAGACUAAUAUAAACUUGGCAAAAAAGCCGCAAUUAUUAACGCACUCGAAAAGUGAUCUCUCUUUGAAGCGAAUUUUCGCUUUGGCUCGAAGAAGCUCGAAAGACAACCUUGUCGCUGAUGCCAGUCCACCUGGUCACGACACCUGGCCGAAGGUCAUCCGAAGGGAACGCAAGUCGAGCCGAAGGGCGCUGAGUGAUACGAGUACCGACCGGCCGGUGACGAACUCUCUUAUCGAGAACUUACGGGAUAAAUCUGAAGCAAGAACCUCUAUGGGUUGCUUCCUGUUUGAUUCUGAAGGAAAAUUUGGAGGAUAUCUCACAGAGGUGCGGGAUAGCGCUCUUUGUCGUAGCGAAGUGCGAAAAUGGUGUGUUGUUCAAAACGAUAAGUUUUUAGCUUUUGACGACAAAAACGAAAAGUCGCCUUGUACUGUCAUCGAUUUAACCCAUCACGUGCAAUUGGUUGAUUUGAGUCGCGUGAAUUCAAAAAGUUUUGAAUUACGUAUGACUAGUGAUGGUGAUGUUCAAUCUCAUGUGUUUCGAGCCGCUGAUGAUUAUCAAAAAUGGGUAACGGUUUUAGCCCUGGCCAUCGACUUAGGGCAAAAGGGAGGUAAAAGAUCCCAGAGCAAAAGUCCCGAGAACGGUAGCGUGCCUGGAAUAAGCAAAGAGGGAAAAACCGCAUUUGGUAAACCUCCCCGGGUUACAAGUUCGCCGGGUACAAGUUCCGAGGUACCAAAAACGAUGCGAAAAUAUGGUCGGAAAGGUAAUUAAAAUUUUCCUUCCCAGACUGCGUCGGGCGCUCCGCAAGCCGAAGAUACCGCAUUUUGAACUUAGCCGGAAUAAACUUUUGGGCUAUGUCAGAAUGUGAGAUUUUAAAAGGAACUUUGCUCUUUGCUGUUUUACUUGUUAGCAAGCCACGUUCGAUUAAGUUAUUUUACUGAUUUCUCUCUAAUGCAAGUGAACUCUCCUCCAUGGCUCCAUAGCUAUUCGGUGUCGGUCAGUUAGGGCCUGUUUUCAUGGAGCGACCUAUCCCGGCUAGGCGAGGUGAAAACUGUAUAUAAUGAAAGACUAUUCAGGUUAAGUCUUUAUGUGAUGCGCUUUUUACCUCGCCUAGCCGGGAUAACUCGCUCCAUGUAAACAGGUCCUUAGUUUCUACUGGCUAUGCUUCCUCGCAAACACAACUGCAAAUUGUAAUUACGAUUCUUAUGCCUAGUUUCCAUUCAGUCGUUAGUUGUUGUUGCAUGUCUUUCCGUGUCUUUGGAAUAAUCGUGAAAGACCGAUAACGACUGAGAGAAACAGAAAACACAACAUGGAGUACAUCUCAACGACAUAAAAAGACAGGAAACGACAUGAUUCUUUCCGUAAUUCGUUAUCGGUCUUUCACGAUUAUUCCAAAGACACGGAAAGACAUGUAACGACAGCUAACGACUGGAUAGAAACUAGGCAUUACAGACAGAAAGUGCAGUGGUAAGCACAAGG